CGGCACGGCAUGAUCAGUGUCCGCCAUUUUUCUGGACGACCUCCUCUGAGCAGCUUGACUGGACUGACUCCUGAUUGGACGACUAUUAGCUCCUGCAACCUCGCAAUCCCGAAGGACUUAGGCCGGCGAAAGUAUUCGAAAAUGGGCGAACCGAUCGGCCCAGCCCCGUCGUCCUCCUCGAUAGCCGACUUCCACAAACGCCCCCUUUCCGGAUUGUUUGCGAUCAAUAAACCUAGCGGAACGAUCUCGAUGACCUUACUAGAAUCACUCAAAGAAUUGUUCUUAUCGUCCAAGUUAUUUGUAGACAAUCCAGAACCAUUUCAGAUCGAGAAAACAACUGGGGUAAAAAAAUCAAGGAAGAAUAAAUAUUGGCAGAAGAAGAACCAAGCCAAAGCGAUCAAGAUCGGCCAAGGGGGCACCUUGGAUCCCCUAGCUAGUGGCGUCCUGAUCAUCGGCUUAAACUCCGCCACCAAGAAAUUGUCCAAUUUCUUGGAUUGCUCUAAGGCGUAUCGGACCACUGGUAUCCUGGGAUGUAAGACGGACUCGUACGAUUCGGACGGCAAAACCGUCGGAUUGGCUGCUUGGAAACACGUCAAGCCGGAUGAUAUUCGUAGGGAAUGCGGAUUGAUCAAAGGCGAACAUUGGCAAAUCCCACCAAUUUACUCAGCUUUAAAGAUGGACGGAAAGCCAUUAUACGAGUAUGCACGAAAAAACAUCCCACUUCCACGAGCGAUCGAAGCGAGACGAUGUGAGAUCAGCGAGAUCAGGAUGGUAGAAUGGAAAGAGGCCGACGAACAUGCCUACAAAUGGCCGACGAAAAUGAUGAGCGAAGAGGAUUCGAAGAUCUUCCAACGAGCGGAACAUUUGGUCCAACAAACCGGCGUCGUCAAGGGCAACAACAGCAGCAGCUUAGUCGUACCACCAAAACAAGAAGCUCAAGAAGAAACGAACACCACACUUAAUGAAUCAUCUAAGAGAGAGCUUCCGCUAGAACAGGAGGCAGAGAAGGAAUCCAAGAAGAUCAAGUUGGAGGAGGUCAAGGAGAUCAAGAAAGGCGAAUCGGACCAGCCAAACGAUCCCACAACGCCCAAACUGGAGGAAGGGAACGAUCCCAAGAUAGUCAAGCCGGAGGACGGAUCCAGUGGAGUUGACGAUGCUCAAUCGUCGACCAAUGAUCCCCCGACCGGACAGGAAAAUACUGAUGGUGUCACUAUGGAAGACAACGGUAAAUCACCCGUGUUCACGCUAGAAAUGACGGUCUCUUCUGGGACAUACGUCCGGACGAUAGUGCAUGACAUUGGCCAAGCGGUCUCAUCAGCAGCCACCGUAGUGUCCUUGAUCCGGACCCGUCAGGGCGACUUUUGUCUAGACCCUCCUCCCAAGGAUCCUCACGGCGACGAUUCUAAGAGCUUGGGAUGCAUCGAAUGGAGCGUGUUUGAAAGCGCUAUUCAGGCCCGGUCUAGUGGCUCGGAUUAUCCGGUCGAUCAGGCUGGUUUUCGGGAAUGGGAACGAGAACUCUUGAAACAUAUUCAGGUUUAAUCGCUCUCAUCACGUGAGUCGCGUUUUGCUGGAGGUAAUGAUUGCUCGCAUUCUGGUUGGACUGCUUCAUAGAGCUCAAAAUCUGAUAAGAACAAAUGAGCAAAAAGGGUUUCCCCCUCCCACAUGAACAGCGCAAAAUGUAAUGUAUAGCUACAUAGUUACCCAAAAACUUCAAUUUGAUUUUCUUCCUCAGUCUGGUUUCAGUUUGUGUCACUCACAAAGAAGACAUGAACUGAGUUUGUGUCACUGACAAAGAAACACAUGAAGUCUCAUUGGCCCUGUCUUUUUCUUCUUCUCAGGUCAUACUGCUGUGCAUUGAAGCUGUCAAGUUAUGGCAGAAUGAUUGGUACCACCACCAGAUAUUGGCUCUACUGGAAACCCCUUUGGUGAGGGAAAUCUAAAAUGAAUGAAACUUGACUUAUACAAAA